UAAAAUAAAAUUGUGUUUUCUUUUGAAAUACAAACUUUAUAACAAAAAAAAAAAAAAAAAUUGUGAAGCAUCCAUCAACAAACACAAACAACAAAAUAUAAAAAAGAAAAAAUAUUGCAAAAAAAACAUCAUGUCGGCCUUUAAGGCCAACGUUGCAAUGAAAGCACAUGGUGGCUUAAACAUUGUUAAUAACAAUACAAGCAGCAGCCGCAGCAAUAACAAAAAACAAAACAUGCAACAUCAACAACAACAACAACAACAACAAGUUGUUGAUAACAUUAACAAAAUGCUAAAGAACAGGUUCUUAAAAAAUACAACAACAACAUCACUAUUGUCAACAAUACCAACAGCGGCAACAAAAACACCACAAACAUCAAAGUCUUCGUCAUCAACAUCAUCAUCAUCAUCACCAUCUUUAACCAUUGCUCUUCUAUUGAUCGUUUGCAUUCUAAGUGGCCACAUUGUGGUGGCCGGCAGUGCUGGUGCUGUACGACCCGGUACUGGCAAUCCCUCAGCACGUUUGCCACGUACCAGUGCCAGUCAAUUGAAUAGCGGUAAUAGCACUAGUGGCACUAGUGCUGCCUAUAAAUUGGCUGCCAAAUCAUUGAACAGCUCUAAUACUCGCAACGGCAAUUUACGCACAAGAGAACAACAAUUGCUAAAUAUAUUUGAAGUAAUUAUCAAUACCUUGGAGGGUAAAUUGAAACGUAUAGAUAAUCUGGAUAAGUCAGUUGAACACAUGAUGAAACGUAUGGAAAUCUUGGAUAAUCGUGUAUCAGAUAAUUUAGUGAAAACUGAUUCGGUUAUUUCGAAAUUAAGAUCUUUAGAUACAAAGAUAUCCAAUGAUAUAAUUGAUACUGGUCACAUAAUAGGGGCAGAGAAUCGUGCGGCUAAUGGACGUUCAGCACGUACUUCAACAGCCUCUUCUACGCAACAAUUGGAUAAUCGCUUGGUUUUACUCGAUCAGAAAGUCAGCGAUAUUGAUUCAAAGCUGGAAGUAUUAAAAAAUCAAAUAGACAAUAAUCUCUUGCAAGUGGAUGAAUUUAAUGCAGAAGCCAGUGAAAAGAAGCCGAUCAGUAUGAAUGUUAUAGAAAUCACCAAGGCCAUGAAUGCCGAGGUCAUGUCACAUGUCUCCAAUGAGUUGAGUGAACUAAGAGAUACCACCGAUAAUAUUGACAAAAAACUACAGUUUCAUAUCAAUAUAGUAUCGGAAAAUGUUGGACGUAUGUUGCGCAUGGUGGGCGAUAUACACGAGGCCGUAGUCGAUCAUCAUGAACAAUAUAAUAAUGUUAAUGCCACCACCACCGCGUUGCCAUUGAUUAAAUCCAGUAAAAUUGAUGCUUUAGUUAAACAAAUACGUCCCAUGGUUUCGGUUUCCGAAAAAAUGGAUGAAGUUUGGGAUGUUGUAGUGGGUACUAAAUCAUCGGUGGAUCACUUACUGCCCAAAUCGGAUGCUUUACUAACCCAAACACAAAGACAAGAAAGAGCUAUAGGUGAAAUUCAUCAGGACUUAAAAACGAAAACUAAUUUGAUUAUUAACAACUUGGAUAUGGUUGAGAAGCGUUUAAAGAAACAAGAAGAUGAUGUUCAGUUAUUGGCCCAGAGACCAGUACCGGCUGAGCUGUUAAUGGAUCCCACCAUAGAUCGUUUGGUUGAAUAUGAUCCCAAUAGAUACUCCGUCAUUGAUGACUUUACCGCACAAAGUAGUAGUACUUCCCCGACAACAUCAACUAUUCCAACAACACCCUCUACUGCUUCGCUAGCAGCAACACCAACACCCUCAACAAUUUCUUCUUUUCCUCCCUCUUCUUCUUCUUUUGCCACAAACAAUCCAACUUCCUACUCUUCUUCCUCCUCGUCCUCUUCUUCCACCUCCUCAUCCUCUACAUCGAAUACAACCCCCACAGUAGUGUUGGCCAAUUCUGUCUCUGGUACAUUUUCUUCUACCACACCAACAUUACCCACCACAAUUGCUGCAGGUGUUAAUUCUAAUCAAACUACUUCUUCCACCACCACCUCUACAUCAACCACUGCUUCAUCACCGUCGACGACAACAAGUAGCAGUUCUCCUUCAUCGUCCUCUUCGACUGCUUCGACAUCAUCGACCAAACCAAUAUCCCGUAAAGGUGGCAUAAUAUUUCCCAGUGUUAAGAAUAAACCUUCGGUGGUAAAUACAACAUUUACCACUGAUAUUUUGGCAUUAAAGGAUGUUAAGGGUUUCUCUUGCGUUGAUUUAUUAAAUGCUGGCAUGAAGCAAUCGGGCGUUUUCUAUUUACAAAUACGCGGCACUACCUAUUGGUUCUUGAAGGUAUUUUGCGAACAGGAAGUAUCUGAUGGCGGUUGGACGGUCAUACAAAGACGUGAUGAUUUUGGUGAGCCACGUGAAAACUUUAAUCGUGAUUGGGCCGAUUAUAAAAAUGGUUUCGGUGAUCCAGGUAAAGAAUUUUGGUUAGGUAACGAAAACAUCUAUAUGCUAACAAAUAAUGAGGAUUAUAUACUAAGAGUAGAAUUGGAAGAUUUUGAAGGAAAUAAGAGAUAUGCUCAAUAUUCACAUUUCAAAAUACAUUCGGAAGCUGAUUAUUAUAAAUUGGAAAUUGAUGGCUAUGAAGGUAAUGCCGGUGAUUCUUUAAAUGAUCCUUGGUAUGGCUCAAACAAUAGUCCAUUCUCGACAUAUAAUCGUGAUAAUGAUAGAUCAUCAUUAAAUUGUGCUAGUAUGCUAAAGGGCGGCUGGUGGUGGAAGUCUUGCGGUAGAGGUCUUAAUGGUCUUUACUUGCACGAUCCCCAGGACUUGACAGCACGUCAAGGUAUUGUUUGGUUCCGCUGGCGCGGAUGGGAUUAUACUUUGAAAAAGGCCACCAUGAUGAUAAGACCUCGCGGUCCCCAGCCUAUGGGUACCAAUUCAGCAUACUCUUCAUCAUCAUCAUCAUCUUCGUCCACGUAAACAUUAUGUUAUACAUUAUUUUAUUAAUUUUAACAUCAAUUUUCUUGUAUAUUUGUACUUUUCGAAAAAAAGCAACAACAAAAACCAUAAUUAAGCGAACAAAAUACUCACUUCAUUAAAAGAAAUCAUAUAUUAUAUUAAUUCAUAUCUAAAUCUUUAUCAAAAUUAUAUAUCAACGGAAAAUUUUAGACAAUAUUAUAAAAAGAUUAUUUUCCCUGUCUUUUUGUCUAAUUCCAAACAAUUGGUUCAAAUUUAGCACCAAAUCAAAAUAAGUUGUUUAUUUCAUAGCGAAUUAUUAUUUUUUUUAUUUUAAAUAUUAUUUUUUUUCUUUAUCAUUUUAUUUUUGUAUACAUUUUAAUUUGUUAUGUUUUAAAGUUUUAUUAACUUAUUAUUAUCAUUUUACAUACAACAACAA